CCCAUCGGAGGCGAUCCGUUCCCGGGUGUCCCAAACUAGUUCCCGAAGCCAGACCCGCGGCGCUCGCAGUGCCGAAUUUUGGACGAGCUUUUUCGUUUCAUUUCCUCACUUUGCGUUGUAGUCGUCUCAAAGGGAAAUGCUUUGUGGUCUACAGCCACACCACCCCAAAUGUGCCUGAUCUUGUCUGAUCUUGGAAGCUAAGCAUUGUUGGGCCUAGUUAGGACCUGGAUAGGAGAAAUCCCUUAUGGCUGACUGUAUGUCAGAAAGCAUCAACUUUUCUCAGUGGACCCAUUCAUCUAAUGAAAUAUGCCUGUGCUAUUUUAAAAAGCUUUGUAUUUCACCAUGGUAAAGUUCAUCCCCCCAGAAUGAAAAUGAGGACAUUUGAGAAGGUGAUUUAAGGUGUGGACAUUUGAGAAGGUGUCCUAUAAAAUUAGUAAACCAAAGGAAAAGUACUGAAUAGAUUAAUCCAAAACACUUACUGUUUUUUAAACGAAGAGGAUUUCAUCUUGACAGAAAAACAACUUUUAUUCAAUAUGUAUUUCCUGAAAUUAAAGAGACAAGAACAGACCGAAAGGAAAAUAGAUUCGUAAAUAAGCUACAUCAACUGUAUCCUGCUGAGGAUAGCUCAGUGAUGUUAAAUCCUUUACAAAUCCCUGGUUGUCUUCCUACAGACAAGACUGCUUUUUGAUAGGACUGAUACUAAGAGAAAUAGGACCUUUUGGGCAUUCAACUCCUUGAUAAACCUUACAAGUAUCAGCAUGAAUGGCUUAAAAGAAGAAAUAAAUAAGUUUUCAACUAAAUCCAAAAUUGCAGUCAUUUUCUUUACUGCUGUUAUUUUAAAAACCUCUUCAUAAUCAUUGAAAAAGAAUCGACAACUAUUUUAAAAGAUUAAAGAAAGGCAGAUGUCUGCAAAUAAUUCCCCUCCAUCAGCCCAGAAGUCUGUAUUACCUGCAGCUAUUCCUGCUGUGCUUCCAGCUGCUUCUCCGUGUUCAAGUCCUAAGACGGGACUUUCUGCCCGACUCUCUAAUGGAAGCUUCAGUGCACCAUCACUCACCAACUCCAGAGGCUCAGUGCAUACAGUUUCAUUUCUACUGCAAAUUGGCCUCACACGGGAGAGUGUUACCAUUGAAGCCCAGGAACUGUCUUUAUCUGCUGUCAAGGAUCUUGUGUGCUCCAUUGUUUAUCAAAAGUUUCCAGAGUGUGGAUUCUUUGGCAUGUAUGACAAAAUUCUUCUCUUUCGCCAUGACAUGAACUCAGAAAACAUUUUGCAGCUGAUUACCUCAGCAGAUGAAAUACAUGAAGGAGACCUAGUAGAAGUGGUUCUUUCAGCUUUAGCCACAGUAGAAGAUUUCCAGAUUCGUCCACAUACUCUCUAUGUACAUUCUUACAAAGCUCCUACUUUCUGUGAUUACUGUGGUGAGAUGCUCUGGGGAUUGGUACGUCAGGGACUGAAAUGUGAAGGCUGUGGAUUAAAUUACCAUAAACGAUGUGCCUUCAAGAUUCCAAAUAACUGUAGUGGAGUAAGAAAGAGACGUCUGUCAAAUGUAUCUUUACCAGGACCCGGCCUCUCAGUUCCAAGACCCCUACAGCCUGAAUAUGUAGCCCUUCCCAGUGAAGAGUCACAUGUCCACCAGGAACCAAGUAAGAGAAUUCCUUCUUGGAGUGGUCGCCCAAUCUGGAUGGAAAAGAUGGUAAUGUGCAGAGUGAAAGUUCCACACACAUUUGCUGUUCACUCUUACACCCGUCCCACGAUAUGUCAGUACUGCAAGCGGUUACUGAAAGGCCUCUUUCGCCAAGGAAUGCAGUGUAAAGAUUGCAAAUUCAACUGCCAUAAACGCUGUGCAUCAAAAGUACCAAGAGACUGCCUUGGAGAAGUUACUUUCAAUGGAGAACCUUCCAGUCUGGGAACAGAUACAGAUAUACCAAUGGAUAUUGACAAUAAUGACAUAAAUAGUGAUAGUAGUCGGGGCUUGGAUGACACAGAAGAGCCAUCACCCCCAGAAGAUAAGAUGUUCUUCCUGGAUCCAUCUGAUCUCGAUGUGGAAAGAGAUGAAGAAACCAUUAAAACAAUCAGUCCAUCAACAAGCAAUAAUAUUCCGCUAAUGAGGGUUGUACAAUCUAUCAAGCACACAAAGAGGAAGAGCAGCACCAUGGUGAAGGAAGGGUGGAUGGUCCAUUACACCAGCAGGGAUAACCUGAGAAAGAGGCAUUAUUGGAGACUUGACAGCAAAUGUCUAACAUUAUUUCAGAAUGAAUCUGGAUCAAAGUAUUAUAAGGAAAUUCCACUUUCAGAAAUUCUCCGCAUAUCUUCACCACGAGAUUUCACAAACAUUUCACAAGGCAGCAAUCCACACUGUUUUGAAAUCAUUACUGAUACCAUGGUAUACUUCGUUGGUGAGAACAAUGGGGACAGCUCUCAUAAUCCUGUUCUUGCUGCCACUGGAGUUGGACUUGAUGUAGCACAGAGCUGGGAAAAAGCAAUUCGCCAAGCCCUCAUGCCUGUUACUCCUCAAGCAAGUGUUUGCACUUCUCCAGGGCAAGGGAAAGAUCACAAAGAUUUGUCUACAAGUAUCUCUGUAUCUAAUUGUCAGAUUCAGGAGAAUGUGGAUAUCAGUACUGUUUACCAGAUCUUUGCAGAUGAGGUGCUUGGUUCAGGCCAGUUUGGCAUCGUUUAUGGAGGAAAACAUAGAAAGACUGGGAGGGAUGUGGCUAUUAAAGUAAUUGAUAAGAUGAGAUUCCCCACAAAACAAGAAAGUCAACUCCGUAAUGAAGUGGCUAUUUUACAGAAUUUGCACCAUCCUGGGAUUGUAAACCUGGAAUGUAUGUUUGAAACCCCAGAACGAGUCUUUGUAGUAAUGGAAAAGCUGCAUGGAGAUAUGUUGGAAAUGAUUCUAUCCAGUGAGAAAAGUCGGCUUCCAGAACGAAUUACUAAAUUCAUGGUCACACAGAUACUUGUUGCUUUGAGGAAUCUGCAUUUUAAGAAUAUUGUGCACUGUGAUUUAAAGCCAGAAAAUGUGCUGCUUGCAUCAGCAGAGCCAUUUCCUCAGGUGAAGCUGUGUGACUUUGGAUUUGCACGCAUCAUUGGUGAAAAGUCAUUCAGGAGAUCUGUGGUAGGAACUCCAGCAUACUUAGCCCCUGAAGUCCUCCGGAGCAAAGGUUACAACCGUUCCCUAGAUAUGUGGUCAGUGGGAGUUAUCAUCUAUGUGAGCCUCAGUGGCACAUUUCCUUUUAAUGAGGAUGAAGAUAUAAAUGACCAAAUCCAAAAUGCUGCAUUUAUGUACCCACCAAAUCCAUGGAGAGAAAUUUCUGGUGAAGCAAUUGAUCUGAUAAACAAUCUGCUUCAAGUGAAGAUGAGAAAACGUUACAGUGUUGACAAAUCUCUUAGUCAUCCCUGGCUACAGGACUAUCAGACUUGGCUUGACCUUAGAGAAUUUGAAACUCGCAUUGGAGAACGUUACAUUACACAUGAAAGUGAUGAUGCUCGCUGGGAAAUACAUGCAUACACACAUAACCUUGUAUACCCAAAGCACUUCAUUAUGGCUCCCAAUCCAGAUGAUAUGGAAGAAGAUCCUUAAUGACUGAGCUAACCUAAAUAAGGAAGGAUUUCAUUUUAUGGACUGAUAUUUUGCUGUGUAACUUGUUCUUUGUAGGUUGUCAUCUGCAGUGAUGCAAAGAUAUGAGGAAAUAUGAUAAGGAAUAAGUGACACCAGUACUGUAGUUCAUAAGUAGGUACAGGCAGGAAACUGAGUAAGAAGAAGGCAUAAUGGAAUCAAGGUGAAGCUUUUUAUAAACUUUUUUAGCCUAAGCAA